UGAGAGUAUUAGAAUGUUUGCCGAGUUCCGUCCCCAGUUGCAAAUAAUUCAGGGGAGGGAGGGAGUACUUGUUAUGGAGUGGUCUCAGACACUCAGCUUUGAGUUAUAAUUCAGUUGUGAUCUUUGUUCUCAAGUUCUUGAAAAAUGUCAAACAAUAAAUCAGAGUCAGAUGCAACUAGUUUAGCUCCCUCAUCACCUUCAGGCUCACCAAAAAGAGCAGCAUAUUUUGUGCAAAGCCCUUCAAGAGACUCUCAUGAUGGGGACAAAUCAUCCUCAAUGCACCCUACUCCAAAUUUCACCACUCCAGUGGAUUCCCCCUCACACCCCUCCCUCGGAAGACACUCCAGGAACUCAUCGUCCAGUCGAUUCUCGGGGAUCUUCAGGUCAUCCUCAGGGAGGAAAUGGGGAAGAAAAAGAAACGAAAAGGGCUGGCCUGAGUGUGAUGUGAUCCUGGAAGAAGGGGAUUAUGAGGAUCAGGAGCGUUUCAUGAGGCGAAUCCAGGCCUUUAUGAUUCUGCUCAGUUUUGUUGCUCUGACUACGGUAUUUUGUCUCAUCAUAUGGGGCGCAGCCAGGCCUUAUAAACCAGAGGUUCAUGUGAAGAGCCUGGCAGUUAACAACUUCUACAUUGGAGCUGGUGCGGACUUCACUGGGGUGCCAACAAAGAUGCUGACCAUCAAUGGCUCAUUGCAUUUGAGUGUUUACAACCCUGCUACAUUUUUCGGCAUCUAUGUCACCUCUACGCCUGUCAAAUUUAUUUACGCGGACAUUGUCAUUGCAUCAGGACAGCUGAAGAAAUAUUUUCAGCCAAGAAAGAGUCGUCGAACUGUAGUCAUCGACGUAGAAGCAUACAGGGCACCAUUGUACGGGGCAGGAUCAGGCUUAGUUGCUUCCGACGACAAUGUAAUUGAAGUUCCUUUGGUACUUAAGUUUGAGAUAAAGUCAGAUGGGCACGUCGUAGGGAAGCUGGUAAGGACAAGGCACCAGAAGCAUAUUUCAUGUUCUCUGGUCAUCAAUUCCACCAGAAACAAACCUAUAAAGUUCAAUAAGAACUCAUGCUCGUAUACCUGAUUUCCAGACAAAUUUAAAUUCUUCCAAAGCACUGUAACACGGUAACAAUGUAUUUGUUUUCAUGGAUGUAAUGAUUCUUCUCUUAA